AGUUCACCUCCGAUUUCAUUUCACACACUGACGCUGGUGGGAGGAUUCAACAUAAACCGGGGACUCAACUGGACUCCAAAAGCGCACUUUACACCGCACAAAGCCGGGACACUGUUGUGUUGUCUUUACGAUGAUUUUAGUUAAAUUCGUGUGCGCGAUCAUAACCAGGUCCUUAUUCAUUCUGGUCUCUCUCAUCGGCGUCUGGAGAGUGAAAACGGUGAAAAAUGACAACAUGUACUGGUUACUGACUGUACUUUACCUUCCUCUGGUCGUGGAGAUGUUCGUCACUUUAAAACGAAGGAAAGGGAAAGACUACAAAUGGUUUUCUCCAGCCAUUCUAUUGUUCCUCAUCAGCAUUAUUCCAUCCAUAUGGAUUCUAGAGUUACAUCAUCAGGAAAACAAAGCUAAUGACCCUCAGUGUAGGAAACUGGACUCUUGGGAGAAUGUCAAGAGCAUAUUGCCUUCAAAUGGCACUAAGGUUAAUGAAACGCUAAAGCACCUGGAGCGCAUGCUCACAUCUGUCUGUCCGAAUGACUGGAUUCUUGCUCUUCAUCAAGUUCUGCUUAUUCUUCUCAUCCUUGGAAAGUGGCUCCUCCCACUAGGAGGCGGAGUAACACGUGACGAGCUGUCUCAGCUUUUGCUCAUCUUCGUUGGCACGGCGGCAGACAUUCUGGAAUUCACUAGUGAAACUCUCUCUGAUGUCAAGGAGAACAACCAUCAGCUGGUGUAUGUAAUCUUGGCAGUGUGGACGUGGAGUAUGUUGCAGUUUCCUUUGCACCUGGCAGUUGUGACAUCUCGGCCGCAGAACCCAGAUGAGCCCAUGGGUGGAGAAGGCUGCUGCAUCUUGCUCUUGUCAAGACACAGUACAGAUAUUUGGAACAUCGUUGAGAGUUUGUUUAUCCAGGAUGGGCCCUUUCUCGUGGUGCGUCUUAUUGUUAUGAUAUACUUUGAUGUGUUCCACCAGAUGUUGGUCUUCUUUGCUAUCAAGAACUUCCUAGUGGUCGUCCUCAACCUCUACAGGCUCAUUGUCAUCUUUCAGGACUAUAAACCAACACCAUCAUCAACAUCUUCCUCUCCCACAGUCUAAAAAAAAAAAGAAAAAGUUAAAAUUAACAACAUUUAACUUAUUUAAUAUUACCAAUGCAUUCUAUUAACUUUGCCUGAUGGUUUGCUAAUACCAGGUUUUUGAACUUGGCUCCCAGUGGGCCACAUUCCAUUGCUUGGCAGUGUUAUUUUUGAGUCAUUGAUCAUUUUAUAGUAUAAUUAUGUUUAACUAAUAGCUGUUUCAAACUUUAAAAGAUUCUAAAGCAAUAUAAGUUAGCAGUACAAACAUUUGAUUCAUAAAACAUAAAAAUACUUCAAAUACAAAAAUACAGGGUCAUCCACACCUGUUUGGCUUUUUUGGUGGGAGGCGUAAGACAAACCCUUCUCUUUUGUGGCUGUUCGAACGCAUUUCGACCACAUGAGCGUUUACACUAUGCACUAUGCAGAACGUCUACCACUUAAAGUGGACGAGCUCAAACCGUUUUAGACGCUGUUUAGAACUGUAUUUAGCGUCGUCCACUUGUGAUCCGAACGAUCAAAACGCAAGGCCCCGUUUACACCUGUACUGUUGCGCGGAACAACUGAUGACGCCAUGGUUGAAUCUUUAGUCGAUCAAUCAACGGAAAGGGGUUUUUAUUCCCCUGCCCACAAGAGAUUAAAUAUUCAGGCUGUUUAAUUGUAUUCCCCCGAAUUCCCCGAAAAACCUUAAGGAAUGAUACAAUGACCUAAAUGAGAUAAUACUUUUAUAAUUUUUAUUUUUUUUUUGCAUUUUCAUUUUACAGUUUUUGUAAUUUUUGUUUUUCAUUUGUUAUUUUAUAAAUAGUUUUUGUCAAUUUUAUUUCUGUUUUAGCUAUUUUAGUACAACAAAUUAAAAAAAAAUUCCAUGUUUUAUGUUUUAUUUCAGUUAACAUUUAUUUGAAGUAACAAAGAUGUUUUUUAAUGGUUUUAGUUACUACAAUAACCUUGAAGCUAUGGGGCCCGUGAACAUUUUUAGAGAAAUAUUCAAUGUAAAUCAGUACAGUAAACUAAAUAUAUUUCAAAUAACAAUUUACACAUAUUUGUAAUAGCAGUUUUUUAGUUUAAAUUUAUACAUUAAAAUAAAUAACUUUCUUUUUAGGAUGGUGGCCCUCGCACCAGGACAAAUAUAUUUAAGUCCAUGGCAUCUAAAAAGUUUGAGAAGUUGGCAUCAAAAAAGUUUGAAAGUUCCCUGGCUUAGACUGCUUAAAAACACAUUCAUGGGUCACGACAGUUUGGUAUAUUUUGAAUAUGUUGUACAACCAAACUUGGCCCAAUAGAUUUUUAUUCUUUGGUUCAUAAUUUUAAAAUAGUACUUUAAUUAAGCUUUCUUAGCAUUUGACUUAGCAUUUGUUUAUAUACCAUUCAGCCAGUGUUGUGAACAAGAUUAUUUGACUCAAAAACAUUAAGAGAACUCAUUGUGUGUGUGUGUGUGUGUGUGUGUGUGUGUGUGUGUGUUAUGAAUACAAAGAGGCAGAUGCACAUUUAUCUGUUGCAUACAUGCGUGUUAAAAGGUGUCUGCCCAUGCAUGAUUAUCUUCCUUGUGUGCAUUCAGAUAUGACUCUGAUACCAGACUCUUUGAGUCACUCUGAUCUGAGAUCAGGCAGAAAUUAUUGACCUUUUAGUGGAGAGUCUGUAGUUGCUUUACAACAGGUCCUAGAUCAGCCUUUCAAAGUAACCUACAAUUUAACCAGAUAGUUACACAGCAGUAACCAGCAUGCAUCUAGUAAUGCUUGUGAACCUAUCCAAUUAUUACCUAAUAGAAAAAAUUAUUAGAAUAAAUAUUGGAAACAAAAUAUAAAUAUUUUUGUAACACUUUAUUUGUCUGUCCAUGUACAUACUAUGCACUUAUAGUAAUUACAAUAACUAGGUACUAACCCUGAACCCACCCAUAAACUUUACACAUGUAGUUAUCUUACCCAGUACUUUCUUAGGUAAGUACACUGUCCAUGUACAUAUAGGUACAAUAUUUUUGUCUAGUUUGGGUCCAGCUGGAUUCUUCAUGUUUAUGUAUGUGAGAAGAUCUAUGCUGGAUUUCUGACCUUUGGGUUUCCAUGGCUUUUUUUUAACAUUGUGGGGGAAAAUUAGAUUUUUUUUCCCCCACACAGACUCUCUGAGUUUCCUGAUUGACUUUAAAGUAGACACACUGAGUUGGGUAGUUGUGUCUGUCCCCAUAAUCAGGCUGUUCCUGAAACAUACACACAUCCCCAAAGCAGGAAAACACACAUUACUUCAUUAAUUAGAUGAGGGACCAGUGUUCUAUUUUUAUCCAGUAGGGGAAACAGGAAAUAGCCACACAGGAAUAAAACAGGAUACCAGCAAAGAAAGUUAGAUUUAAAUCAACCAUGGCUAUUUAACCUACUAUACGUGUAUAUGUUAUUUAUGAAAAAGAAAUCUGUGUUACACUGCUCCACUGUGAACGUUGAUUCUCAGAAGAUCAACACAGUUUUGUUAGCAAAAUAUUAACCUGUGGAUGCAUUUAUGAAACAACAACCCCUAUUUAUCUAAGCAAUACAGGGUAUCUACUAUAAAUGUAAAAGGGAAUGUAAGAUGUUUUUAUAUUUACAUUUUUUUAUUACUGAAUGAUAACUAAAUAUGAUUUUAUUUAAUUAUAUUUUACAGCCUUUUGACGUUUCCACAAGUACCCUGCAUUAAUGAAACUUGACACAUCUGUGAUAAUUUAAGGAAUAAAUGCACAUGGGUUUUGUUGUUAACUGAAAAGGCUGUACAGUAGUGUGGACUAGUCUGCUCUCAACCUUAUGCAUAUUCAUGAGUGUGUCUUUUCUCAAUAGCACCCUUUGUGAAUCAUUACAUGGCAGAGCUCUGAGAAAAGUCUAAAAUGCCAAUGUGACUGAAUUAAAUUACUAUAAAUAUGCUGAAUAUGCUGUUUCAAAGACUAGACUAUCUGUUAGUCAUGGGACAUGAUAAUAGGCUUUAUUAUUCAAUAUGGUACAAUUAGGAGCUGAAGAAGAAAUUGGUUAUAUUGGUUAAAUAUUGCUUUUAUUCC